UAUGCUUUCCAAUACCGGCCUGUGACAGUUUCUAAAUUUUACAAUAAGUUUAAGGUUUCUCAUCUUGUGAACAUACCAGCGACUGACGGAGAAAGAGGAGCAAGAAGGAAUUGGUCACAGGCUAGUGAGAAAGGUGAUGGUUCAGCUGACACAUAUGCUAGCAGAAGUGCAGGAGAAAGGGUUGAGAGAGACCAAGAUACAUUUGGCUAAGAUGAAUCAGCAGCUGAUAAACCUGUGGGGACAUAUGCAAGAGAGACAUGAUCAACUGAGAGUUGUAACCCAGCAAAUGAAGAUUAUCCAAGGGCAGUUAGAAGAAAAAGAUGCAGAAACUGCUAAUUUGCAGAAUCAAGCUACUGCCUUAAGGCAACAAAAGGAGGAAAAAGACCAGGAAAUUGAUGAAUUGGAAAUAACUCUGUCCAUAGCUCAGGAUGAGCUACGUGAUUAUCAACGCCAAGAUUCCCCUGACUGGGUCAUUUCACGGGACCAUAUUCAGCUGAUAAGAACAUUUCUUGGCAGAGGAGGCUAGGGAAGUGUUGUCGAAGGCAAAUAUUGUGGUUGUUAUGUUGCGGUGAAACAGAUCCAUGAAUUGAUUCUCUCUUGUCGCAACCGCAAAUUAUUUGAGCGAGAAAUGGAUAUUGUUCAAGAUGCCGCCACCCUUGCUUGCUGCAGUUCAUUGAAGCUACAAAUGACGAAGGGAAUCCAUUGUUUGUAACAGAGCUCAU